UGCGCUGCUUACCUGCUGACCUUCCAUACAGGCUUCGAAGUUUUUGUUAGAUGAACAUCUCAUUUUGCUCUCAGCAGACUUUGAAAGUCUGAAGCCUGAGAGGUUCACAACCCAAGAGCUGGGUUCAACCAUAAUUCUGUUUUUACUGUGAUAUUUCACAGUAUGGGAAGGACAUAUCUGCUGAAGAUGGCGUGGUAUUUCAUCUCCUGGGCUCUGUUGUUGACUUACUGCGCUGCAGAGAGGGAGUACUUCUAUCCUUCAAAGAAUUUCUCCUGGGAUGACGCUAGGCGCUACUGCCAGGUCUGUUUUGCUGAUCUGGUGACUCUGACUCCUCAAAACAUCCAAAACAUCACCAAGAAUAUCAUAUCGGACUCCUGGAUCGGCCUCCGCAAGAACCUUUCCAACAGUGAAACCAUCAGCAAUGCCGAUUUUAAUUCCACCAGCAACCACAGCACCAGUAUGCUCUGGUCCGGCUGGGCCAAUGGAGACCCCCUCUCCUUCCAGAACUGGUACCCUGGUUGGCCAGUGUUUAAAUCCCCCCCCCUGAAAAGAGACUGCUGCAGCUGCUCCUGCACAUGCCCAUCGAAAGCAACCGAGAGAUGGACAACCCCAUUCCCAAGCUUUACAACCCAAAAUAUGACAGAAUACACAACAGGAAAUGUGACAGAAUAUGCAACAGGAAAUGUGACAGAAUAUGCAACAGGAAAUGUGACAGGAGACACAACAGGAAAAGUAAAAGGUAUGCCCAGCUCCUUCACAGCAACCCCAGAUCAAAAUGUCACUGAUGUUUCCCGAUUAAGCGGAUUCGCCACCGAAAAUGUGACAAACUUCAGCAGCCCGAUGAAUGUCACCACCACAACUCCCCCGACAACCACAGUGCUGCCAUUAGAAGCCCAGUGUGUAUCCUCACCAAUGCCGACGCCUGACAUCCCUGAAAUCGACGAGAACUACAUCGAAGACUCCUGUGUGGCCUUACUGAGCUUCGGGGCCUGGAUAGAAAAGCACUGCUUUGAAAGUCUACCUUUUGUAUGCUUUGAAGAACGCUUUGUUGGCCAAGUUAACGUGACCAACGUGACCUCGAGCAGUGCUGUCCUUGAGUGGCUGGAAGGGCCUGGCAACAUCAGCCAUUACUACCUGGAGGUUGAAGAUCAAGAGCCCGUGGACAUGGGAACUAAUCUGACCUAUGACCUGAGGAACCUGACAGCAGGAACCCUUCACCACGUCAAGGUGUUCCCUGUGAAGUGUGGCAGAAAACUCGGCCCACAGAUGACCUCCUUCUACACUAUACCAAACAGAGUUGAAAACCUCAAAGUCACUCACAGGACAGAAAAAAAUGUCUCUCUCAGCUGGGACAAACCAGAUGGAAAUGUGGAAUCUUACAUUAUAAGGUGGGAGAAUGGCCAGACAAUCAGAGAUAAGGCAGACGUAGUGGUUGGUGAUUUGAUACCUGGAGGUCUGUAUACUUUCGCCAUCGUCUCAGGCGUCAGUGGUAGAAACAUAACAAGUGAAGAAACCUGGAUCACCACGUACACUAAGCCUGGGAAAGUGUCAGACCUAAAGGUGAACAACCCUGAAACUACUUCAUUGCAACUUACCUGGAGCCCACCCAGCGGAAACACCUCAGGAUAUUCUGUGAUCACUAAGAUUGGAGGUAACAGUUCUCCAGCUGAAAUGGUGAAAGAGACUAAAUUCAACAAAACGGAUCUGCCGAUGGGAGUAAAUAUAACUUUUCAUGUGACAGCUUUGGCCAAUGACUCUCUGAAGGGAGAUGCUGAGACCGUCUCCAGCUACACAAGGCCAGGACAGAUUUCAAACCUGAGAUUGUUGACCCUCCAAGACUCUCUCAAGGCCACAUGGUCCCCUCCUGAAGGGAAUUAUUCAUCUUUCCAUGUCACACUUCAUUGUGAUGGCUGUGAGGCAAAUAAGACAGACAUACUGACAGAGAAACACAUCGAGUAUAAGGGACUGAAGACGGCCGCCAAUUACACGCUGAUCGUCUACACUAUUAGUGGAGGUCAGAAGAGCCAGUCGGUGCAGAAGUCAGCUUUCACCUUGCCAGCGCCUCCCACCAAUCUGACCAUCACUUGCUCAGAUGAAAACACAAUCUCGAUCAAGUGGACACCACCCGCGAACACAGCGUUUGUCACGUACUCCGUCACAAUCAGCUCCACCUUCUGGGGGGAACACCGCUCUGAAACCAUAGAGGACAAAACGUCCUACACAUUUGGAGGUUUGAAAUCUGGGACAAAUUACAGCAUCUCAGUGAAAACGGUUGCAGGUGACCGAACGAGUUGGCCAGUGAAUGAGACUUAUUUGACAGAUCCAAACAUAACAGAGGUCUCUCUGUCCAUGCUGUGCUCUUCAGAAGAAAUGCUCCUCUGUGACAAAACCACCACGAGGGAAAAUGUUUUUCUUCAGUUGGAGAAACAUUUCAAGAACAAGUUUGGAAAUGAUAUUUUCUGGAAACUCAUGAAGUCAGAAACGUAGACCAAACACAGGGGGAAUACAUCUUUAAAAAUGUAGAUAAUGCAUAGAAGCCUUUGAAUGAUUCUGUCUUUGAAGAAAUCAAAUAUUGAAGCAUAGUGUGAGAUUUUAAUCAGAAUUAGUUUAGUACUGCUUUUAAGAUUUUUGAUAAUAUUGUUACAACUCUUAAUAUGUGCACUGACUCUCAGUCCUCUUUAAAUACUGAUCAACCUAACGUUUGAAUCUAUUUUCUCAUGAGGAUUUACCUUUGACAUAAGGGAAGAAAAAAUUAAGUAUACAUGUAAAGACUAAAGGUUAACCUCAGUGAAUGGAAAUCAUAAAAUAACUAUCUAAAAAAAUUGUAAGUAAACUUUUUCUUUUAACAUGUACGUUACUUUUACUCAGGUUAUAAUCACAUCUUUUUCUGACUUGGCUACCGAACAUUAGUCUGGAGGUUUUACCAAA